AUGGACCCAGAGGCUCAAAUGGAUCUCAAGACUGAGACACCAGUGAUUAGAGGAAAUGAUGAUUUAUCUGUGUAUCUGCAGACCAUCUACCACCUAAACUUAAAUGAUUUCAAGGAAUCACUUUAUCAAAUGAAAUUACUAUUGAUUAAUCAAAGAUAAGCGUAAUUUGAUUUAAAAUAUUCACAGAUUCUAGGCCCUAUAAUGGAAUUAUGGUAAUAUGUAAUAAUACAUACAUUAGAAAUAUAACUGAAAUAGCCCAACAAUAUUUCAUUUCUAUUACUAAUUGUAAUUCUGUAGUUGUUAGUCGUAUUUAUUUAUUCUAUAUUAUACUUAAAACAUGCUUUUAUUAUUGCAAUAUUAAAACAUCUAAUAAUUAAUAGUUUUUAUGGAUAUUCGAUAGUUAUUUUGUUAAAGAGAUUUAUACCUGACCAACACUUUCAUUUAAUAUUUGUUGUUGAAGCAUUCCUGUAUUCACUAUUUUUAUUCACAAUUUACAACUAUUUAUGUUUAGUAACAACUUUAAUUAAUCAAUAGUUUAUAGUCAACUUACUAAUUGUCAGCCCAUUAGAAGUAAAUAACAUGCUAAACCUAUUUGCAAAUUACUAAUUUUAUUACACUAUUUUUAAACAAAUUUCAAGUAAGAACUACUGA